AUGUUACGGACUCUUAAGUUACCCAGGAAAUCCCUCCUCAAGGUUUUCACGUCCUUAUUAUUGUUAUACACUGUAUUCUUGAGUGUUAAGUCACUUUCGGACACCACAAUAAGUCAGUAUAAACUUCGAAUAGAAAAUUCUGUAAAAUUAAAAUUCAAAUCAUUUUAUCUGAACUUCUUACUGUCAACGUUAGAUUUGGAUAUCAAUCCUUAUUUCAUGAAGAAGCUUCAAAUUUUAAGAACAGAAAAAUUGAAAAACGACUGGAAUGGAGAACUAUGGGAGCUUGACGAAUCAAAGCUCACACCUGCCCUGUUUCAGAUUCAAAUCCCUUCAUACUAUUUUGACUCAGAAAUCAAGAAGCCUCCUGUACAGCCAUUCGAUCCCAGACUUACUUUGUCUGUAUAUCUUAGGUUUUUAACUGAAAAUCCAAGGGCACUGGCUCCUUUUCACUGGUCAGACUGGAUAGAUUUUUCUAAACUCAACAAAUAUAUUCUUAACCCAAAGAAGGCUAAAUGCAAAGAGUUAUUUGACAUUCUGAAUAAUAAAGAUUUAGUAGGAGAUGGUGUAAUAUCAAACUUGGAAGAUUACUGUGAAGAUGACGAAUCAUCACCAUUGGGUUUUAAAAUUACAAAGUUCACUGGACCGCAAUCCGUCGAAAAUAGAGAAGUGCUAGGUAAAGCAUUUCUAUAUUCCACCGCUCCCUCUCCUGUUAAACUCGUAUUUUUAACCGAUAAUGAAGGAUCAUAUGAAAUUAAGGUCAAAAAUUUUCACGACAAUGAUUUGAAAUACAGUUUAUUGGGAAGUAAUCUUAUACCUCAUUUAAUCGAAAAGAAUGCCAUCUCACAAGACAUUGAUGUUAUGGAGAUUUACAAAAGUGUGUUAACUACAGCACCUCCAACUAAUAAAGGCGAUGCAUUAACCGAUUAUAAGAUAAAUAUCCCAAGUUCUUCGUUUGAUGUGGAUGCAGAAAAGGUAAUAAAAGAUUUAGAGAUUAAAGAGCGUACCCUUAACAGAAUCGAUAAGAAUUAUUUAAAUUCAAUUCGAUUUUCAGUUUCCACUGAUAAUCCUCCCAAAUACUUUUGUGAAGCAAAAUUACCUCAAAAGUUCCAGCAAAAUUGGUUGGGUGAGCACUAUGACUGGAGAUUUUUCAAUGGAUUAACGGUGGGGAAGUCAGUUCAGACUUCUGCUCUUCAUAGACUUAUCAAAAAUUAUUUCAGUUUCGCUAGGCAAAAUGGAAUUAUUACUUGGGUUGCUCAUGGCUCUCUCCUUUCAUGGUACUGGAACGGUAUAGCUUUUCCUUGGGACACAGAUAUUGAUGUUCAAAUGCCGAUAUCGGAUUUACAUAAACUUGGAAAGAGAUUCAAUCAAUCAUUAGUUAUCGAAAAUAUUGGAAAUCGAAAAAACAAUUUCAGCGGAAUGGGAAAGUAUUUUGUUGACGUUGGAUCGUCAAUCACGCAUAGAGAGAAGGGAAAUGGGAAUAAUAAUAUCGAUGCUAGGUUCAUAGAUAUUGAUACUGGCUUGUAUAUUGAUAUUACUGGCUUGGCACUAACUAAAACACCAGCGCCAUCGAGAUAUGAUUAUUUGAUAGAGGGUGAUAAUCAAAAGAAAAUGAUCGUAGUAUCAUCUACAGAGGAUGGUAAAAUUAAUAAUAGAGUUAAGAACGAACAAUUACGAGCUUUUAAUUGCAGGAAUAAUCAUUUCAGCUUGUACGAAGAACUUUCUCCCCUCAUUUUGACAGCUGUGGAAAAUCAGUUGUGUUAUAUACCCUCAAAAUUCUUAAUGCCUUUAAACAAUGAGUAUCAUGUUAGGGGACUUACUGAAAAGAAUUUCAAGGGAUAUAUUUAUUUAAACAACUUGAGACUUUGGAUUCCUGAAGGCAUUAUUCUUAACUAUUUAGAAGAUCCCUUGAAGUUUGUUCGCCAGCAUAAUUCGACUUUGAACAACCCAAAGGCUGGGAAGACCAAGAGUGCCGAUCUUGAAUUGAACCAAUCAAAAGAUAAAAGAAGUGACAAGAAAACAAUUACAGGGUAUGAUAAAAUAAUGAUUAAUCAACUAACGGUGGAUGACCACUUGAAUCUUUUGCAGCAUAAUAAAAUUUUCAAAGACUUCUACAAAACUUACCCGUUUACCAAGUUUCAUUACAAUGAAAUAAUGCAUUUAACGAGAGGUGAUCUAGAAAGUUCAAAAGAACUUUUAGAGCAUUAUGAAAAUCGAUUUCUAAUAAAUAAACCAUUAGAACCAGACUUAUUUAUGACGAAGGUGGUUAAGGACGAAUGGAAUUAUAGUCUAGAAAUUGAAAAAAUUAUAAAGUUAACCCAGUUUUAUGAGCAGCAGUAA